AUGACUACUACUCGGAACUAUAACUGGCAUCAAGUCAAACCUGGUGUUUGGCAACGCCAUAUCGAUGAAAUCGAACAAUUCUACUCGACGAUGGUUGUUCUCUACGAAGGCAGCGGUCGCAUGUUCUUUGGAAUGACAGGUCAUGUCUCACUCUCCAUCAAGAACACCAGGGGCUUGUCUCAAAAGGAUGCUGAACUUGAGGUUGAUAAAGCCUUGGGAAAAGCAUGGCUUGCUUUGAGAUAUGCUCACCCUACACUUGCAUCUCAAGCUACUCAGAACGUUGAGUCAGGAGAGUGGGUUAAAACCUACAGAGAAGUCCAGGGAGAAGCAGAUAAGAAUACCUGGCUGGAGAGGACUCUUGUCCAUAUGACCAACGGGCAGACUGGUAACCAGUGGGCUAACUCAGACCCUCCUGCUCCAAAACACCCGACAAUGUUUGUUCUACAUCUACCGGCUGAAAACAGCGAUGAUGGAUCCGUGACCAUCCGCCGAGACCUUGUCUUCCGCUCUCCUCACGACAUCAUCGAUGGCAUCGGGACUCUGAUGAUGCUCAACAACUUCAUCUCAUCCGCUGCAGAAGCAUAUGAGAAGGGUGAUACCUAUGAACCCCCCGCCCUCGACGGCAGCGAGGCUUCAAACCUGAGCCCAUCUUACCGAGUCGCAGCUCAAAUCCCUGAAACGCCGGACCAGGCGCAGCUGGAUAGACUUAAGCAGAUGGCCGCUCAAAAAGCCGCUGCCGCUUCUGAUGCCAGCGUGGAGAUUCUUGCACUUCCUUAUAGACAGGGUGAUCUACUACCAGGUCGUCAUCAGCGCUUGGCACUCACCCUCUCCAAAGAGGAAACGCGACAGCUGUUGGCGGCGUGCAAAAAGGCUGGAGCUACGCCGACGCAUGUCUUCCAUGCUGCAGCUGCCAUGGUCGUGCGAGACCUACAGGAUGAACCGACGGAGACGAAGCGAGUUCGAUACAUCAACUACAUCCUACGCAACGAACGGUCAAGUUGCGCGCAGCCAUAUAACACGGCUCAGCAUCCGGCAUCUGUUUACCAUUCUGUGUCUGGUCAGAGUCUUGUUGUUGACAUGGAUCUCCACCCAGUGUCGACCAAACCAGACUUACAAACUCGCAAGAAGGAGUUUCUUUCCAUUCUUGAAACCGUUAAAGACUUCUAUCUCGCAGUCAAACAAGACGAGGAGUUCUACGUUCUCGCACCAACCAUGUUCUCCCAAGCUACCCCGGGCCUCCCCUCUGCUCCUCGUCCCCUACCUGUGCCUGCUCCAAACGCUCAUCCUUCUGUAUCGAUCUCGAGUAUGGGGCGUACUGACGCUAUCGUAGCACCGGAAACUGGGGCGUUCAGGGCGAGAGAUCCGUGGGUGACGGGAGAGGAACUCGGAAAUGGGUUGGGAUUGUUUCUGGGUACGUUCCAGGGAGAGUUAUGUUUGAGUGCUGCGUAUAAUGAUGCUUGGCACACGGAGGCAGAUGCUAAACAGUAUCUGGAGCGAUGUAAGGAUGUGGCAUUCUCAGGUCUUGGGAUAUGA